GAGAGGCAAACCUUAUUAGGCGCAGGCAGCCGAGGUCUCCUGGACUUGUGCGUUCCGACCGCGAAGGGGGCUGGCUGGCCUUCCACGCCGGAGACCAUCUGUUUGCGCGCGGGAGUCCUUGGCGGGCUUGCCACACAUUUUGGGUUGAAAGUACUUUCUGCACUUUAAAAAAAAAAAUAAGCCCCUUGUGGGUUACUUGAUACCUUCAGUUUUUUUUUUUUUAAAAUUCUGAUAGACAUUUUUUGGGCCAUUUUGAAAUAUAAUUUAUGACUGAGAAAGAAUUCCAAUAAAGUGCUGUGCUAUAUGUCUUCCUGCUGCCGCAGGUUCAGGGUUAGCACUACUUUGAAAGGGAAACACGAUGUGUGGCCUUGAACCAAUCUCCAUCCAUUCCUCUUCCCCCCACCCCAUUAUUUUUCUGGAACUGACAAAUAGAAUUUUUUACAGCCCUAGACGCCUUGCUAGUUGUACUAAUGCUGUAGUGGUGACUGGAUAUUGUGGUCAACAUGGAGAAAAGCCUAAAAUAAAUAGGUGGGUUGCCUUGAGUUUCACAGUGAGAUUAUAAAAGACCGGGUUCUUGGUCCACUCCUUUUUGCAAUAGGUGUGCAUAGUAGUGUCUUGCGUUUUUGGUUGGGUGUGGUUGACGCAUCUGGAGUUUGCAGCUCAGUCUCUUGUAGAAAUUGUGAUUGGAACAUUUGCUCAUAGUAGGCUUCCGAGCUUUCGGAGUUUAGAAGGAAGGUGGAGACUGUUCGUGGAGAUCAGAAACCAGUGUUUGGUGAGUUUAUUAUGUGGUGCAUGUAGCUAUGAAGUAAAGAAUUGAGGAUAUAUAGACCGGAUAAUUGCAAGGUGAAAUAAUGUAACAAUUGAAAAUAUGUGAAUGACACUAGGCGGGGGAAGGAAAUCGAUCAUCUAUGUUCCGUUUCUGAUGAGGAUAAUAUUCUGAGGCGGGAACCCAUGUUGAAUCUAGGAGGUUGGGGCCAAGCUGGCCAGCGAGAUUAAUUAAGCAGUUGAAGGACUGCUGAGAAAUUCAUGCACAUGCUGGUUUGUGGGCUCUUUUCUUUCUGAGCUGACUUCAACGUGUGAUAUGCCAACUGAAAUUUUAUCUUCUAGGUCUAGAAUUUGUCCAAGCAUUUCUCAAGUGCUUGCCUUCUCAUUCUUACGCUUCUGCACCUCCUGCUUGGGUAAAUAAAUGAUGAAUUGCUUUAUAAGUACUUGGAGAUACUUGUCCUCUGGGAAGCUUAAUUAAUUUGUGGGUUUGCUGCAUCUUUCCUGAUAUUUUGAAUAAAAACGUCUUAUGUGUGAUAAUAAAGAUAGUCUUUUAGAUGUAGUUUUUUUUUUCUUUAAGUAUAUUGUGUUAUUCUCUGUCAAUGAUGUUUUUACCCUUUCUGGAUCUGCUUUCAUAUGAGCUUAAAAUGUAGUUGCUUAAACAGAAUUAAGUACUUUAUUCAACAGAUGGUGUCCUCCUGGUAAGGUGUAUGUUAAAUUUUGAUGUUUUUCAUCAUUGAAAGUUGAAAGCUCAUCCUUUUAAAGAGAACUCUGGGAUGAAAUUCACAAAUGACUGUAAAAGAGGUGAUUACAGGGACUGGGGUCCUGGUUUUGGAAUCAGCGAAGGGCAGGUGCAUAUUUACAGAGACGUUUUCAGUGGUAAACCCCAGCUGCUGACAUCGGGGCCAGGACUGGAUGGGCCAUGGAAGAUGAGCUCCCAGGAAUGGAUUUUCACACUUUCAGUUUCACAGAGGCUGCGGUUUUUCUGGAAGUCUUCCUUGCUACUUGGAGAGGUUUGUGUGUGAACCGCUGGUACCUGCACCGCGCAGAGGCAGAAGUGCUGGAGAGUUAGAGAUGUAUUCCACCUCUGAACAAACCUGGUAUCUACACUGAUCUGAAACUCUCCACCCCACCCCGCCCCAUCUUGGUUUCCAUAUUGAUGGAGCAUGCUUACAAUUCAAACAAUGUACUUGGAACCUACCCUAUGGGUGAAAUAGUUUUAAAGGGCGAGAGAGGUGAGCCUGGUAGUCCUAAGUUUGCACAGGAGAUGAUGGUCUGGUUCAGCACCAACAUCAGUCCUAGCCCUGCCACUUGGUAGAAGCCAAGUCCUCGCUGUUGUCAUGUUGCUGUCAUCUCUCGGUCAUCUUCCGGUUCCUGGCUGGUCUGGUUUGGGGGAGGAAUUCUGCUGCUGAUGGCAGUGACUUGGAUGCAUGCUGCCCUGUCUGGGGUAACACCCUCUAAGAGCUGUUCUGUGCCCUUCCUGCUUCUGCCAGCCCUGGGGUCUUCAGUAGGAAAGAAUUCUGAAUUCAAGCCGUGCAUGGACUUGAAAUCACUAACAGUGUGAUGGCUGGAUUUAUUGCUUUGCAUGGACCUUCUUAGAGAGCAAAGCAGCAAGGAGAGCUGCUGGCCAGUGCCCCUGCAAUGACCAAGGAAUCUUGGCCUGCGCCAGAGCUCUGUUUUCAGGGCGAUGAAAGGAAACUUAGAUCAAGUCCUCUCCAAGAUGUUUUCUGGUGCUGGGGUUCCUUAAAAUUGGUAAUAAUAUAUCCUGACAUACUUACAAGCUUAUUCCUAGGCAGCCCCAGGAAAGAGUUAAGUAAUUCAAAGAAGAAUGAUAGCAACUGAUGGGCAAGUACUGUGCACCACACCCUGCCAUUUACUUUACAUGGAUGGUCAAAGUGCACUUUAACCACAACCCUGGCAGGUGUUAGUAUCAUCCCCAUUUCACAAAUGAGAAGAGGAAGCCUCAGAAAGGUGAAGUGCCUUGGCAGACCUGGGAUUGAGUCUGGAUUUCGGUGUCUGGAGUCUGAGUUGUUAGACUACAGCGCACUCAACAGAGCAGUGGGGGUUACUCCAUUGUUGUGUCUCGCCAGAUGUGGACAGAGACCAACUCCUCGGCCGAGGACGUGAAUGACGGAAGGGAGCCCUGUGGACAGAAAGCGUGUUGCUCCCGCCUGCCUCCCACGACUUCAAGCUCCGAGGUGCUGACCCCAGAGCUCUGCCAUGAAACCACACCUGAAGCAAUGGAGACAGCGGAUGCUCUUCGGGAUCUUCGCUUGGGGGCUCCUCUUUUCGGUGGUCUUCAUCUACUUUACCGACAGCAACCCCGCUGAGCCGGUACCCAGCUCCUUCUCCUUCCUGGAGACGCAAGGGCUCCUGCCGGUCCAGGGCAAGCAGCGGGCCAUCAUGGGCGCCCUGCACGAGCCCUCCUCGCCCGGGGGCGCGGACGCCAGCAGGGCGCUGCCGGGGGCGCAGGUGGCCGGUGCCUUCCACUCGGGACCCGGCGACCCGCAGCAGUGGGCGCAGGUGCCUGCCAGGUUUGAAGAUGAAGACGAGUUUUUUGCAUCCCAGGUCGGGAGAAAGUCCCAAAGUGCUUUCUACCCAGAGGACUACGACUCCUUGUUUGCGGCGGCUCGGCCAGGGUGGCCCAGCCACACGCAGGGGACCCUGGGGCUCCCCUCCCCGGGGGCGCCGGGCCAAAGUCCGCAUCGCGAGAAAAGGCGGCACAGGCGACAGCGCCGGAGCCGCGCACCUCUGGACGAAGGCGAGGACGGGGACCGGCUGGCCGCCUCCAUGUCCAGGGCCUUCCUAUACCGGCUCUGGAAGGGGAACGUCUCCUCCAAAAUGCUGAACCCGCGCCUGCAGAAGGCCAUGCGGGACUACCUGGCGGCCAACAAGCACGGGGUGCGCUUCCGGGGCCCGCGGGCGGCGCGCCGGAGCCGGGCCCAGCUGCUGUGCGAGCUGCGUAGACGCGCGCAGGUGCGGACGCUGGACGGCACCGAGGCGCCCUUCGCUGCGCUGGGCUGGCGGCGCCUGGUGCCCGCCGUGCCCCUCAGCCAGCUGCACCCGCGCGGCCUGCGCACCUGCGCCGUCGUCAUGUCCGCCGGCGCCAUCCUCAACUCCUCCCUGGGGGAGGAAAUAGAUUCUCACGAUGCAGUUCUGAGAUUUAACUCUGCUCCCACACGUGGGUAUGAGAAAGAUGUUGGGAAUAGAACCACCAUGCGCAUCAUUAAUUCCCAGAUUCUGACCAAUCCCAACCAUCACUUUGUCGACAGUUCGUUGUAUAAAGAUGUCAUUUUGGUGGCCUGGGACCCUGCUCCUUAUUCUGCAAACCUUAACCUGUGGUACAAGAAGCCAGAUUACAACCUGUUCACUCCGUAUAUUCAGCAUCGUCAGAGAAAUCCCAAUCAGCCGUUUUACAUUCUGCAUCCUAAGUUUAUAUGGCAGCUUUGGGACAUCAUCCAGGAGAACACAAAGGAGAAGAUUCAGCCUAACCCACCGUCCUCUGGCUUCAUUGGAAUCCUCAUCAUGAUGUCCCUAUGCAGAGAGGUGCACGUGUAUGAAUACAUCCCAUCCAUUCGGCAGACGGAACUUUGCCACUACCACGAGCUAUACUACGACGCCGCCUGUACCCUGGGCGCCUACCACCCACUGCUGUACGAGAAGCUCCUGGUGCAGCGUCUGAACAUGGGCACCCAAGGAGACCUGCAUCGCAAGGGCAAGGUGGUCCUGCCCGGCUUCCAGGCCGUGCAGUGCCCGGCUCCCAACCCCGCCGACCCCCACUCUUAAGAAAGGAACUCAUGGGAAUCAAUGUGCAAUAAGGUACUACUGUUGUCCUCGACGUCACACAAAAAUACUUGAAGAUAGAUUUUAGACAUGUAGUAUUGAGUCUUUCAACUGUAAUUUAGUGGUGGCCAUGGGAUUUCUUCUCUUACUAAGCCUUUGAGUAUUUAUUACAGCUUUGAAUAUAGAAAUGGACUUUUUAAAAAACUUAAGAAAGAUGAAAAAAAGAGGAUAGCUAGAGAGAAAACAAAUGUAUAACCAUGAGUACAAUACCUCCAACAAUGUUCUUAUGCCAUGAGUACCUGUUACCAGGGUUGGUUCCAACUACAGGUUUCAGGCAUACUCUUGAUAACACAAAGUGGUUUCUAACCAGAAACAUCCAUGUGAGGUACAGACUCUGCCACAUCUAUUGUGUCACUGGUACAUGCUUUGGUCAUCAAAUAUCAUAGACUUUAUGAUGUACAUCCGAAAUAUCACUCACAUGUGUGUAAUAGCAAAGAAGUGCCCUCAGAAUCCCAUCCAGUACAUGUUUUCAAGCAUUGUAUUUCUCAUCUCUACUUCCCGUUGGCCACUGGAUGCUUUGCUGGCUGUGUGUCAGGACAAAUUUCUGAAACCGUAACUUGGCCAUCUGGAACAGUCCAAGAGCAAGCCUGACCCCUCAUGUCCCCCAAGGAGGCCCUUUGUUUCCCAGCAGUGUCUCAUUACUCACUGGGUGCGAUAGUCUCACACAGCAGGAGAGGAACCCUGCCAGCAAGUACACACAGGAUCACGGGGUGCAGCGGGGGCCUGCACCUGUCACAGCUCCACCUUCCCAGGUGCCUCCUCGCCUGCAGGUGCACCCCACAGCUCUUGCAUAGCCGGCGACAUGCUUGGCAGUUGGCACGGUCCGGCCUUGUUCCUUCCAAACUAGAAGGAAGGACUUUGGGCCCCCUGGGCAGCUAGGGGUACCUACUUAAGCCUUUUGUACACAUUUCUCACAGGUGUUUUUUUUUGUUUUUGUUUUUGUUUCUUUUUAAAUCAGCGAUUGGGAAGUCAGCAGUGAUGUGUGCUGCAUUUUCACCAGUUCUUCCUACGACAAACAUUUAGGAAUCCAGUCCUUGUUUCUGCAGAUAUGUUUUAUGUCAGCAGCAUGACAAAGCCAUAUUAUGAAGACUGUGUGAAAGCAUUGCCUUUUGACAACAAGGAAUGUAGGUGGUCUGUGUCCUGAGGCAAACGUGACCAGACCAGAGAGGUUUGCAUUCCAGUGUGGUAGUGUAACAUAAGUCUGCGUAGAGAAAGUCAACCCAGGAUUCUCCCCAUCUUGCUAAAAGGCUUUGGCCUUAUUUUCAUGUGAGCUGUAAGUUCUAGGACACAAUGGGGCAGCUCUGUUGUGAGACGAGCCACCCUUAGAUGUUUCUGGAUUUCCCAGGAUUUUGCCAUUUUAAAUGCCCACGACUAUUGAGGUUGCUUUGGUAGUCUUCCAAGUAGAUUUCUCAAGAGACAUCCUUUUUAUACAGAAGAAUCCCUCCUUUGAACCUUAAGCAGUUGAUUAAAGAAUAAUUUAUUGGGAUCAAUGUAAAUAUUUAAGUUCAAAAGCCUCAGAAAAUACUUCAAGAACAUUUAAAUAGCAUUUUAUUGUGAAUUCAUGUACUUUUAAAAGAGUACUCCCAGUUUCACUGAGGUUAGAAAAAAAAGGACUGAAUGGCAUAAAGGAAAUUUAAUUAUAUUUUUUUGAAUUUAUUAUGGCCUUCCAGACUCUUGGGAAUCAUAGUCUGUUGAAUAUUCAGAAAGUGUAUGGUGUGCAUUUUAAUAUAGCCCAGGCAUUCUUCUACUUGAAAGUUUGAAUUAUUUAGCCUCUCCAAAAUAUUAGGCAGCCAGAGUUAGCAUGAUACCUGUUUCUGGAAUUGGCCAAAUGAGUCUGAAGAGGCAAUAUUUUGGCAGACAUUGAUUUAAUCUUUGCAUGCCACGUAUACUGGGCUCCAUUAAUCACAGGCCCUUUUGUGAAGUGGCUAAUGGACAGAUGGCAUCCCAACACAUUUCUCCCAGGUUCUGUGGCUUUCAGGGACCAUCCCAGGCCAUUGAUAAGAUUCCAGGCCAUUGAAAAGAUUCCAGGCCAUUGAUAAGAUGCCAUGGCUCAACCUGAGGCCAUUGGGUUCCUUAUUUCACUCUCAGGACUAACAGAAAUGAUGUUGCUUUGCAUUUUGAGAGAAUUUCACUUUACCUUUUGUAGCUGUUGUUGUUGCAAGAAACAGAUGACAAUUCAGCUGCGUCUAGAUUCUCCCUAACUGGUUUCUCCAGUCAGCCGCACAGGGCACUGAGGUAGUGUGUAAAGGAUGUGGCAUUGUCCACAUUCCCUGGAAUACCAAUGCCCUGGUCCCUUGUCGCUGAGGGCUACUUUUAACAGAGAGCUUUGUGCUCAGGGCCAAGAGCUUAGAAACCUCAACCUCAAGGGUGUGCAUUAAAAUGAGCACAUGAGGAGUGUUCACCCACCUUUGAAUAGUCGUGUCUUCCCUCGUGUGACCUGACACAGAGUUCCAGGCAUCCUGCAUCAGAAGCAGCAGUCGCCACAUGUCUCCUCCCUUUGGUCCGCCAGUCAGUCAGGCCUGGGCUCCCCAGGGGUCCUCUGUCAUUGUAAACAUGGACCUGAACAAGAACAAUGCUAACAUAAUCAUUGGCGUUUUCCAAAUUGGGAAAUCCAGGGAACCAGGUCACUCCACGACGUAGUUCUGAGCCAGUUCAGUCUACUGGGACAGAUUAUAAGAUAUUUUGUUGCCUGCCCCUUCUGGGCAAGCACAGUAGACAUUUACUGAAUCAGUUAGGACCUGUAUGAGUGCAUUCAGUAAAACCAGAUUGAGAUGAGUCAUGUUAUGUGAUGGGAGGAUUGUACACACCACUGAUGAUGAAAGCGGCCUCUGCAGGUUUACUUACAAAUCAACACAUGGUGCAUGCACUCAGAGUCACCCGGCCCUAUUGCUCUCCGCUGUGGGACGAGACAGAGGAGGGAAUUGGGGGAGGGCUGGGGGAAUUACUGAGAUUGAAUAGAUAGGACAAACAGUCUCUGAAUAUAUUCUCUCAUACUGUCUCUUGAUUUCUGACUCUCUGAUAGUUUGAAAGCCUUACUAAAUGGUAACAAGAGUGAGGAGGCAGCCUCACUCAGAAAUUAAUUGCUUAAGUAAAAUGUUCCUGACUUUCAACCCAUUUUUUUAUAUCCUGAAUCUGUCCAUCGUGAAAUUAUUCUGCAUGUUUCCGUCACUUGGGUUGGUAAAUGAAAAGUAUUUCUCUGUCAGUUCUAAGCUCUGAUUGUUGCUUUAGUAAAUGAGAAAAAAAAAAGCCUUUUAGUAAGGAAAAUAAUUCAGGGUAUUCCUCUAC